AUGAGUUUUCACUAUUGUGUUGUCGGUAAAGUCGGUGAACCGUUGGUAUCCGUUGGAAAUAAAUCAUAUGAACAACGAGUGUUACUACUAUUACCGAAAAUAAAUAUAAAUAAAGCGAGAGUGGAUUACGAUGAUGAUAAAGUGACACAUCAUGUUCUGAAUCAAGAUGGUUAUUCAAUCGUUUGUACGACAGAUUCAAAUGUUGAUAAAUUGAGAGCGUAUACAUUACUAGAACAGAUCAAAGAAAAAUUACCACCAUUUUCUGAAACCCAAUAUGCUUCAACGUGGACAUUGCAACCAGAGAUGGAAUCAUUAAUGCAAAUUGUUUGCAUUUUGAAGGAUGAAUAUGAUGCUGGCCGUGGACAAGAUGCACUCUCUGUACUUGGACGUGACGUAGACGAAACACAGUCGGUUAUGGUUGAAAAUACAACAAAAGCUAUUGAAAGUGGAAUUAAUUUACAAGAUUUAAUGGUUGAAGCUGAUCAGUUAGAAGCAACGUAUGAAAAAAUGAUAGGACCGCGUGUAAUGUGA